AUGAAUGUUUUAUUGUAUACAUUAUCAUUUAAAAUACCCGGCCUACGGACGGGUUCUCAACUAGUUAUACAUGUUGACGACUCUGUGAAUCCCGUAAGAGAUUUGGAAGUUAUAACUGCAGAAUUACGGCUGAAGUUAUUAUCAUCUUCAAUACUGUUCAAGCUUUGUGUCUCCAUUGAUACUGAGUUCAAAAGAAUGAAAAGCCUGGAACAGAUUUUGUUGGCGGUUGAUGCGUGUCAUCGGAGCUCGAUUAUUCAUCGGGAUUUGAAGUUGAGAUUAAGAGUUGGUUGUCAGGAAGCAGAUUUGAAAGAAAUAAAGGAAUUUGGAGAAUGGAUUUUAAAGCUUGGUGAUGGUCUGCUUGGUGAAGAAAAUGAUGGUGAGAUAGAUAUUGAAAUACCAGAUGAUUUACUUAUUCAUGACCAAGUAAAUCCUAUUUCUUCUCUCAUUUCAUUUACAUAUCCGGACAUGAAUAAGUUUUUGUGGGAUUUAACGUAUUUCCAACAAAGAGCGAUUCUUGCUCCAACUAAUGAAGUAGUGGAUUCAAUAAAUAAAGAGUUGUUAGAGAGUCUGCCUAGUGAAGAAAAUGUUUAUUUUAGUUCAGAUAGUUUAUGCCAAUCUGAGGAAGAUUCAGAGCUUAAUAUGGCAUUGUUUCCUCCUGAUGUGUUAAACAUACUUCGUUUAUCUGGUUUACCUAACCAUAAAUUAGUACUGAAACUUGGUGCUCCAGUGAUGUUACUCGGAAACAUUGAUCAGGCAAAUGGAUUGUGUAACGGUACACGUUUACAAGUCACGAGGCUCGGAAAAGUUGUGAUUGAAGCAAAAAUUAUCACAAGGACUAAUAUAGGUCAUCAUACUUUGAUUUCAAGACUGAAGAUGACACCUUCUGAUAAAAGAAUACCAGUGAAGAUUUCUCGAAGACAAUUCCCACUUUCACUGUGUUUUGCUAUGACAAUAAAUAAAAGUCAAGGACAAUCAUUGGAGCGUGUUGGUUUAUAUCUUCCACGUCCAGUGUUUAGUCAUGGCCAGCUCUAUGUUGCUGUAUCUAGAGUAAAAAGUAGGAAGGGGUUGAAAGUUUUGAUUUGUGAUAAAGAGAAACGAGUUUGUAUAACCACUACUAACAUGGUUUACAAAGAAGUUUUACAAAAUCUAUGA